AUGGCCAUCGAUCUAAUCGCCCUGGAAGAGCACUUCACCGGCCAAGCAGUGGCCAAGCGACCCUCCGCUGCAGACCAUCCCCAAUACAUGCUUCCCCAGGCCAUAAGAGAGAAGCUAGAGGACCUUGGAGAAGGGCGGUUCAGAGAGAUGGAGCUGGGUAACGUGAGUGUCCAAGUGGUGUCCCAUAUCCCAGUCGUGGAGCCGCCUGAGAUCUGCGCUGCCGUCAACGACCAGUUGUUCAAGGCUGUCAAAGCCAGCAAGGGACGCCUUCGAGCCUUCGGAUUGUUGCCAAUGGCACACCCUGAGGCCAUAACAGCCGAGCUUGAGCGGUGUGUCAAGUCGCUCGGCUUCUUGGGCGCGGUGAUCAUCAACCACGCCAACGGAAGAUACUAUGACGACCCCGCAUACUGGCCCAUGUGGGAAAAAGCUCAAGAGCUGGACGUACCUAUCACACUCCAUCCGACAACAGCUGCUGAUAUGGUGGCUCACAAAGGCAAUUAUGACCACCAGGUGCAGACACUGCUCGCUGGCCCGGCUCUACGCUGGCAUGUCGAUACCGCUGCACACGUACUCCGUCUGUACGGAAGCGGUCUAUUCGACGCUUUCCCGCGCCUCAAGCUCAUCCUUGGCCACGAUGGUGAGACUUUGCCAUUCAGCAUGGAUCGAAUUGCUAGCGUUUUCGCACACCGAUGGGGAGGAAAUAAGCGUGAUUUUCGAACAGUGUGGAACGAAAACUGCUGGAUCACGAACAGUGGUAUGUUUGAGAUGGCGCCAUUCGAGUGUUGUCUCAAGGUGUGCAAGCCUGACCGGAUCAUGUACAGCGUUGACUACCCCUUUGAAAGUACCAAGAGUGGUCUUGAGUUCAUAGAGAAGCUUGAACUCAGCGGACUGGUAACAAAAGAGCAAUUUGAGAUGAUUUGCUCUGGGAACGCCAAAAAGCUACUGCGUCUUUGA